AAUGAGAAAAUGGCAUCUUUGAGAUCACCUCACCUGAUACCCACAAACUUGUGACUCGAUUUGUUUUUAAAUGUUGGUAAACUGUACAUGGCACUAUUCGGGGAAGACGGCCAGGAAGACACACCAGAGUGUCCUGUGUGCUAUGAGAAUCUUUCGGGCAUUGAACGGACUUUGAGCUGUGGACAUGUGUUCUGCCACGACUGCUUGGUCAAAACCCUGGUCAGCAUCAACAGUGAUGGAAACAUCAGAGACACCAUCGCUUGCCCCGUCUGCCGUCAUCUGACAUUCAUCAGGAGACAAAAGGAAGCGCUCGCCUCCGUUUCAGCGAGCAAGGGUCCAGAUGGAGGGCAGACCCUGGAGGUGCCCGUUGCGCCGCCGGCGCGUCUCCCGAGCGCAGCGCCCGCAUCCAGGAACACUUUGCAGCGGGGCGUCAACUGGAUCGCCUACAGCUGCGCUUGGAUCUCCCAGCGAGUUUGUCGCCAGAGUUUAAUGAGUCCCGGCCAGCAUGCAUGUCAGAUCUUCAUAAUAAGCGCCCAAGGACGACCUAUGGCCGAGGAAGAUGCGCUGGAUGUGGUGUUGACUGUGGUGCAUCCUCAACGCAGGCGAAGACGCAGAAUUUGCACAACAGCGCGAUGCUUGCUGCUCUUGCUUUCGAUAUUUACUGUACUCGCACUGGCAGCUGCAACUUUACCCUGGGUAUUAUUGGCAUGACCCAUUUACGACGAGGCCUGGAUUAAAGUGCCAAAGAGGCUGAUGACAUUAUUUCUACACUUGUACGGAAUCUAUUACUGAAACAAAAUGUGUGAGUUUUUGGCUGACUGGUUAAUAUAGAUAGCCUAUAGACGACAAUGAAUCUAUUAAAAUGUGUUUUUGUUGGAAUACUUUCUUAUUUUGUUGUUUUUACGAUGUGACCCACUAAAUGCCUUAUCCUAUUCUUUUACCUUCAACAGUGGAAAAGUUAUGUCUGUGACAUGUGAAACAGGAAAAUGCUUUUAAUGAAUUCAAGCACAGCCAAAAUGUCGUUGAUAAUCCAUAAUUUAACAAUUGGAAACAAUUGGAAACCGUUUACACAUGAUGUCGAGCAUCUCAUUUCAGUCUUGUGCUGUGUUGUUGACUUCCCUGUUUCCAAGCAGCAGGCAAUAAUUUUGCCAGCCACAACCUCCCACUUUCAGGAUUAGGCUAAAUGUGUGAAACUGCAAAUAGAGAUGAAAAGUUAACAUUUAGCCCAAGUUUAUAUGGAAAAAAGAAAAUAUUAUUGUAAAGCACAUUAAAAGCUGACUUUCACACCAAUUUGAUUUUUGACU